GGAGAGACUCAUGGAAGCAGAAAUCUGCCUAAAUAUUUAUGAAAUAAUAUAUUUAUUUCUUGGUAUAGAAUAAAAAAGUAAAUUAGAAAAACAAAUCUGCUUCCCAUCCUCCUAAUAGAGCCGCAUUCCUUCCACUCCAGGUCUUAUAUGUUACUACCUGUACAAGAGAGGGCCCAGCCCAUAUACACUGAGCUGCACAAAGGCACCACAUUGUCAUGAGAAAUUAGUUUUUUUAAAUGUAUUUCUUAUACUUAAUGAGUCUACUUGUUGCUUAAGAAUUAGGACCAGUCGCGACUCAUGAGUGUGGGACCCUGUUCAUUCACCAUCAUUUUCCUCUGUUCCAUCUGGAAGUUUAAGGAUUCGAGAAUCAGAGAGUUCUUAGCAGGGAUACAGCGACAGAAGAUUAAGCGCUAGCUUUGGGGCCCAGGUAUAUAGAGAGAGCUGCUGGGAGCGAUCCUCAGAGACAUGGCACGGAAAAGAAGCACCAGGCGCACCUGUCUGCUCAUCUGUCUGACUAUGACUCUACUCUUCCUGCUGGGGAUCCUUGUAGGAUGGCUGAUAAAACCUUCAGAGGAAAGGAUAACCCCACCCACGCAGAACAUAAGGGAGGAGCUUUUGUCAGAAAUGAAAGCAGAAAAUAUCAGGCAUUUCCUGCGAGACUUCACAAAGAUUCCUCAUCUGGCAGGAACCGAACAAAAUUUACAGCUUGCGAAGCGAAUUCAGAAGCAGUGGUUGGAUUUCGGGUUGGAUUCGGCAAAGCUGGUUCAUUAUGACGUCUUGCUAUCGUAUCCCAAUAGCAGUGAUCCCAAUUAUAUCUCCAUAAUUGAUGAACAUGGAGAAGAGAUUUAUAACACUUCUCUGUUUGAACCACCUCCGAUGGGUUAUGAAAAUUUCACAGACAUAGUCCCCCCGUAUAAUGCCUUCUCUGCACAAGGAGACCCAGAGGGUGAUCUUGUCUAUGUAAACUACGGCCGUACAGAAGAUUUUUUCCAUUUGGAAAGAAAUAUGAAGAUUAACUGUACUGGGAAAAUUGUCAUUGCUCGAUAUGGAAAAAUCUUUCGAGGAAACAAAGUGAAGAAUGCAAUAUUGUCUGGUGCAAAGGGAAUCAUCCUUUACUCUGAUCCAGUGGAUUACUGUGCUCCUGGAGUAGAACCAUACCCCAAUGGCUGGAAUCUCCCAAGUGGUGGAGUCCAACGAGGAAAUGUCCUCAAUCUGAAUGGUGCAGGAGACCCACUGACCCCUGGUUAUCCAGCAAAAGAGUUCACAUACAGAUAUGAGGCUGAUGAAGGAGUGGGCCUUCCCAGCAUUCCUGUUCAUCCUAUUGGAUACCGUGAUGCAGAAGAAAUACUCAAGCUAAUGGGAGGAGCCUCACCACCAAGCACUUGGAAAGGAAACCUUGAUGUUCCUUACAACAUUGGACCUGGAUUUCUACAAAACGUUUCUACGAGAAAGGUCAGAAUGCAUGUCCACAGCAACAAUGAAGUUACCAGGAUUUAUGAUGUUAUUGGCACCAUCCGGGGAGCUGUGGAGCCAGAUAGGUACAUAAUAUUGGGUGGUCAUCGAGACUCUUGGGUCUUUGGAGGGAUAGAUCCAACAACCGGAGCAGCCGUCCUUCAAGAAAUCACAAGGAGCUUUGGCAAAAAAGUGAAAGAAGGUUGGCGGCCCAGAAGGACGAUUAUAUUUGCAAGCUGGGACGCGGAAGAGUUUGGACUGUUGGGAUCUACAGAAUGGGCCGAGGAAAAUGCCAAAAUUCUGCAUGAGCGAGCCGUGGCGUAUAUCAACUCCGACUCUUCUUUAGAAGGGAACUACACCCUGAGAGUGGAUUGUACCCCCCUGAUGCACAGACUCGUCUACAACCUGACCAAAGAGAUUUCCAGCCCAGAUUCAGGCUUUGAGGGCAAGUCUUUAUAUGAAAGCUGGAGGGAAAAAGAUCCUUCUAUUGAGAAUAAAGCCAUUCCCAGAAUAAAUAAACUUGGAUCUGGAAGUGACUUUGAGGCUUAUUUCCAGCGCCUGGGCAUUGCCUCUGCAAGAGCUCGCUACACCAAAAACCGGAAAACUGACAAGUAUAGUAGCUACCCGGUCUAUCACACCGUCUAUGAGACCUUUGAGCUGGUGGAUCGUUACUAUGACCCCGGGUUCAAGAGACAGUUGGCAGUGGCCCAGUUGAGGGGAAGUCUGGUCUAUGAACUGGCCAACGCCCCAGUGAUCCCAUUCAAUGUCCAGGACUAUGGAGAUUCGUUGAAAAGCUACGCGAUCAGUAUCUACAGCCUGGCCAAGAAAAACAAGUCCCAGAUGGAAACCUUUGGAGUAUCAUUUGAUUCUCUGUUUUCUGCCAUCCAUAACUUUACAGAAGCGUCAGAUGGACUGCACCAAAGACUUGAACAUCUCGAUCGCCACAACCCACUUGCUGUUCGCAUCAUGAAUGAUCAGUUGAUGUUUGCAGAAAGAGCCUUCAUCGAUCCUUUAGGAUUGCCAGGAAGACAAUUUUACAGGCACGUCAUCUUCGCUCCAAGCAGCCAUAACAAGUACGCAGGAGAAUCCUUCCCGGGAAUAUACGACACUUUGUUUGAUAUAGAGAAUAAAGUCGAUCAGUACCAGGCGUGGGAAGAAGUGAAAAGGCAAAUUUCCGUUGCCACAUUUACAGUUCAGGCCGCGGCAGAGACACUACAAGAAGUGGCAUAAAUCACGGAGAGUGAUCUCUGACCCCACAAGGGGCCAACGGACUGUUUAUUUGAACCACUCACUAAGCUUUAUUGUUCAGUAUUUUUAUAUUUAUUUGUAUAAAAGAAACUGCAGUUUG